CGGAAGGCGCCGCGACCGGGCACCGGGAGGCGGAGCACGGGGAAUACAGGCUUCCGCCUUCCCGCCCGCUGGCCUUGUGAGGGGAGGGGAGCUGGGAAUUCGGGAGGAUUCGCUGCAAGGAUGGUGUCGCUGCUGCCGCGCAUCGAGCGCCUCUCGUCGCGGGUGGUGCGGGUGCUGGGCUGCAACCCGGGGCCCAUGACUCUGCAGGGCACCAACACCUACCUGGUGGGCACCGGGCACAGAAGAGUCCUUAUUGACACCGGAGAGCCAGCUAUUCCUGAAUAUAUCAGCUGUUUAAAGCAGGCACUGUCAGACUUCAAUGUCUCUAUUCAAGAAAUUUUAGUGACACACUGGCAUCGUGAUCAUACCGGUGGAAUACCUGAUAUCUGCGAAAACAUCCCGAAUGACUCAGGAUAUCGCAUCUGUAAGCUCCCUCGUGUCCCUCACUGUGAAGAAACAAUAGAAGGAGGACAUAAAUAUUUUUAUCUUAAAGAGGGUGAUGUGAUACAGACAGAGGGAGCCACACUCAGAGUUUUAUAUACACCAGGACACACUGAUGAUCACAUGAUUUUACAUCUAGAAGAAGAAAAUGCUGUAUUUUCCGGUGACUGUAUUUUAGGAGAAGGAACAACAGUAAUUGAAGACCUGUAUGAUUACAUGAAAACUUUGAAAAGGUUGUUAGAAAUGAAACCAGAUUUGAUAUAUCCAGGUCAUGGCCCUGUAGUACGUGAUGCAAAUACUAGAAUCCAAAACUACAUUUCUCACCGAGUUGCACGUGAGCAGCAAAUUCUAAAUGUGUUCCAGAAGAAUACUGGAAAAUCAUACACAUCCUCAGAGCUUGUAAAGAUAGUAUACAAGGAAAUCCCUGAAAAUUUACUUCCAGCAGCAGAAAAAAACCUCCUAGUCCACUUGAAGAAGCUGGAAAAAGAAGGAAAAGUGUUACGUGACGAAACUCCCACCUUCAGAUGGAAAAACAAUUUAUAAGUUAUGCAAGAUUGCUCAAGAAUGUAUUUAAUCUGCACAAUUGCUGUAUGAAAAAGUAUACUGAUGAGCUCAGCCUAUAUGAAAAAUAAAAACUAAUUUUUACUUAUUUUUUUUUAAAUCAGUAACACAGUUUUAAAGCAAUGUUACAGUCAGUUAACUAAUGUUUUUCAUAUUCUACUUCAUAGGAAUUUUAAAAGUAUCCUGAUAGGUACUGAGUUAAUAAAAUGGAAUGAGCGUGAAGAACCAAAUCAUACCUUUGUUACAAAAUGCCCAGUUUUAUCAUCAGUGGCAGAAGACAAAUAGCAAGGUCUUAUGAACUUAAUAUUAUGAUGUCAUAGAGCAAUAUAAUAAACUUUAUAAAUCAGAUAUAUAAAAAACUGUAGUAAAAAGAAGAGAAAAUAUGUUAUUCUAAACCUGUUUUCAUUUGCUUGUGCUUCUCAAGAAGUGAUUUUCUAAUAAGUUAUCUGUACAUUCUAAAAAACCAAGUUAUUUCUAUUAAUAGAUGUAAAUACUGGGGGUUAUGUUCCUUUUCUAAUUUAGCUGACUGUGCUCAUCUUUGCUGGUUGUUCGCUGCAAUAGAUUUGAACAAAUACUGAAAGUAAUUUCAGGCUUCUCUGUUUUCUGGUGGAAACACCAUUUCUAUGGAAUUCAUUCAGAGGAUUCAGUAAUUUUAACUAACCAGUAAUUUUAACUAACCAGUCAAAAAUGUCCUGAGUUGGAGUAUAUUCUUAAAUUCUUUAUCUUCUAAGAUUCUGCAGGAAUGUAAUUUAAAAUCUAUAUAAAUUGAGAUACGUAUUACACACCAUAUGAAGUUAACUUUAUCUGUGACAUCAUAACUAAAAAUCUUCAAGUUUUGCUGUUAAAUCCACUUAAAUUACAAAUAUUUUAACUAAAGGUUGUAUUUGGUUGUAAAAUACUGUAUAGUGUAUUAAAAUACGAUGUUUGAUGAUUAAUUUAAACUGUGAGUUCCCUUCUCUGUGUAGCUUACACCUGAAGAAUAGUGCAUAAAUGUUGGCAUUACUUUGUGUGUUCCAAGUAUGUGGCAUUUAAUGAUACAUACACUUCUUUUGAUGUUGGCUCAACCUUAAAAAACAAAAGCAGGUAUGAAAUGUUUUGAAACAGGGACAAAUAUAUGUCCCUUAAAACCUUUCACCAUUCCAUCCUGUACCCUCAUUUGUGAAAUAUGAAUAUGUUUGGGUAUGUCAAGACAUGUCGUCAUACUUAGCAUUAUUUUAUGGAGUUGAUGGGAUUUGUUCUGAUCAGAUGAGACAAAUCCAAAACAAAAAUGCUCCCGAGAACAGCAUCCAAAACUGAAAUCAUAUUCUGAAGUAGCAGCCAGACCCCUUCAGAAGGGAAAUAAUUACUUUCUGCUAAAAUUACGCUGUUUGCAAACUUCAUUGGUCUGACUUUUGGCCACAUCAUGGCAUGCACUCACUUUUAACUUUUGGUGCAGUGCUGUUUUGAGGUCUUUUUCAGGUCUCCUAGUUUUCCUUUCUUUUGUAUUUUCCAUUUACUUGCAUUUUUCCAUUUCAGACUCUUUUUAUUCCUUCCCCACACAAACAUUUUUUUUCAAUUCCUUUUGGAUUCUUUCUCUCUUCAUAGUUACUCAGAAGUUUUCUCAUGGACUUCUUGCCAUUAAUAAUUAGUUCUUCUGUAGCUAUUUCAUGAAUUUGUAGUUUUCCAUUGUUAGGAAUAAAAGCAUAACUAUCACUACUUUCUUUUUUAAAAAUCACAUGCUCUUACAUCGUUUUGCUUCAGGAAAACAGAAAUAUCAGUGAAAUGACACAGUUUUCUGUCAUCAGUGAAAUGACACAGUUUUCUGUCAUGAGGUCUGAAAACCUAAGACAAUAGGAAACCAGUAUGAAGAGGUGAUAUUUCAUUCUCUUUUUGAUCUAAAGAAGAAAUCUAAUGUUGCCUAACCAUUUUCUUCUGUUUUACUGUAAGUUUUUAAAUACAGGGAAAUGGCUUUAGAAUCCAAUUAAAGAAUUGUUGGAACUUGCAGACAGCGAAGAAAGUAAGAGAAUACAAAUCAGAGAACUUCAUAUUCUGUGCUGUGCCACGACAAAUGCCUGACAUCUUCGAAAGAAAAUGAGGGAAAGGGCAGUUUAACCAGACAAGUCAUUAAUGAUUGUGUAUUGUGUCUUUGAAAUAUUAAGAGCAGAGUUUGCACUGUUACUAAGAUGUAUAUGUAAUAAAGGGUGCUUACCUUUGCUAUG